GCCGGCCACGAGGUGGCCAGACGACGAGUGGUUGCCUUGUUACGGCACCACGGAACCAACCCAGAGUUGCGCUCGAGUCUCCGGCUCCGCAUGGGCAGAGGCAAGAAAUGGCAGCAAGCAGGGGCCGAUGCAGGUCAGGGAUCCGUGCCCUGGCGUGGCCAAUACUGGAGUGGAGCAUGGUCGCCUUCGCUGCAAACUCACAGGAGCGCCGGCAGCUACGAUCGGGUCACAGUUCCAGUGGAUACAGCCCCGCCAGCGGGCUUGGAUUCAGCGAUGCCAGGGGACUCCCGUGGUAUGACGGAACUGCACAAGACGGUGACCUAUGCGAGAAAGCUGGACACCAAAGUGAGGAAACUUGGGGAAGAACGUCUUCGCAGGACCAAGCAGUGGGAGAUUUUCGCCAAGGAGGCGAAGGCCAAGUUCCUCAAGCAGCGGCGCGAGUUCGAGCAGGACCUCCAGCGGAUAGAUCAGGAAGUCCGCGAGGCAGUGGAUGCCGGCAGGGAGGCAGCAGAGAAGGCCAAGACGAUAGUCACCCGAGGGGUGGAUGCCGUGAUCCCGAGAAAAGCUCCAAUGGCAGUCGACCAUUGGGGGGAGCUCUUCCGAGAGGAGGAAGGCGACCCACCCGGAGAGCUGCUCUCACAGGUACUAGCUGCAGCCAACCAUGCAGCGACAGGCGGGAGGCUCGGACAGGUCCGCCCGGAGAUCCUACAACAAUUGGCGAGCCUGAUUGGUGUCGAGGCACACCCGGGAGUGUUUGGGGCUCCGGAAAUGCCGCCGGACACCCGCUUGCCAGACUCCAGCCAUGCUACCUAUUUUGGUCCGCAUUCUCCGAAUUCGGCAGAGCUUGGAGGAUUGAACCAUGGGGUGGCCGAGACGAGGGCUUCCCCACUACACCCGAAACAGAGAGACCCCAAUCAAGCCAGAGUUCCCCCAGCAGAGCACCCACCGAGAAAGGGCAUCAAGGCCGCAACAAGGCUUCCGCCACAACCGGUUGUGCACCCUCGGGCAGCCAGCCCCGCGGACAAGAUCGAGAGGAGCAGGGAAGAAGAGAUGAAGAAAGCCUUGCUACCCUUCGGGGGAGUUCCGAGGCCCAAGCCUUCCCCCUUCGAGGAAGACGACGACGAUUUGGAUGUGCCGGAAUCCGGUGGUGGCACAGCAAGUGGUCUGCAGGCUUUGUCUUAG